AUGAACUCUCUCGUCCGCCCUUGCGCCCUCCGGGCAAGCAGACACCUAUACCCCUCCGCCGGCACGAGCCCGUUCUCCCGCUCCUCCUUGUCCCGCCUCCUUUCCACCCUUGCCAUUCUAGAGCACCGCGACGGCAAGAUCGCUGGGUCUUCACUGUCAGCUAUUGCAGCUGCAAUCAAACUUGGUGGUCCCGUCACUGGGUUUGUCGCCGGUAAGGGCGCCAAGAGCGGUGUUGCGACCGAGGUUGCCAAGGUAGAGGGUGUAGAGACUGUGUUGGCCGUUGAGAACGAGGCUUACGAUAAGGGUCUGCCGGAGAACUACGCACCGCUAUUAGUUGAGAAUAUCAAGAAGGGAGGCUUCACACACGUUGUUGCAAGUCACUCGGCAUUUGGGAAGAAUGUCCUACCCCGUGUAGCUGCCAUGAUGGACGCCCAGCCCGUUUCAGAUGUCACUGCCAUCGAAGGCGAGGAUACUUUCGUCCGCCCCAUUUUUGCCGGAAACGCCGUUCUAACGGUCCAAUCUACCGAUCCCAUUAAAUUCUUCACAGUCCGUGGCACUGCCUUCCAACCAGGCUCAUCAACAGGUGGUUCCGCUCAGAUAACAGACGGGGUCGACCCCGCCGCCCCUUCCGCCACAACCUGGGUAUCGGAAGACCUCACGACCUCUGAACGUCCCGAUCUCUCAACCGCCGAGCGCGUAGUGUCUGGUGGACGAGGCCUAAAGUCCAAGGAGGAAUUCGACCGUAUCAUGACACCCCUUGCUGACGCCCUUGGUGCCGCCAUCGGUGCUUCCCGUGCCGCGGUUGACGAGAAGAUGGCCGAUAACUCGCUGCAGGUUGGCCAGACGGGCAAGAACGUUGCUCCCCAGCUUUAUCUUUGUGCCGGUAUCUCGGGUGCUAUCCAGCAUUUGGCUGGUAUGAAGGAUAGCAAGGUCAUUGCGGCAAUCAACAAGGAUCCAGAUGCGCCUAUCUUCCAGGUUGCAGAUGUGGGGCUAGUAGGGGACUUGUUCGAGAAGGUACCCGAGCUGACGGAGAAGCUGAAGAACGCCAUUCUCACUGAGCUCUAG